CAGGGAGGAUGCUAUUACCGAGUAUAUGAAGAUUGCACAGGAUCUUGAGAUGUAUGGUGUCAACUACUUUGAAAUCAGAAACAAGAAAGGUACUGAUCUUUGGCUUGGAGUCGACGCGCUCGGAUUGAACGUUUACGAGAAGGACGACAAAUUGACACCAAAGAUUGGCUUCCCAUGGAGUGAAAUCAGAAACAUCUCAUUCAACGACAAGAAGUUUGUUAUUAAGCCAAUAGAGAAGAAAGCUCCGGACUUUGUUUUCUACGCAUCUCGGUUGCGAAUCAACAAGAGAAUCCUUGCCUUGUGUAUGGGCAACCAUGAACUUUACAUGCGCAGACGUAAGCCCGAUACCAUAGAAGUGCAACAGAUGAAGGCACAAGCAAAGGAAGAGAAGCAAGCCAAAAAAUUGGAAAGAGAGCAGCUAGCUAUUGAGAUGAAGAAGAGACAGGAAACUGAGGAGAAAUAUAAACGAUUACAACAACAAAUACGUGAGAAAGAAUUAGCUGAGGAGAAGAGCAGAGAAGAUUUGAAACGUUGGGAAGAGGAAUCAAGAGCAAUGCGCGAGAAAUUGCAGCAGCAGCAGAUGGAAUCAGAAGAAUAUCAAAGCAAGGUGGCUGCAAUGGAAAUGCAAAUGAACGAGGCAACCCUUGAAAGGGAGAUGACUGCUCAAGAGAAGGAAGAAAUGAGAGCAAGAGUAGAGGCAUUAGCAGACGAGAAAGCACGCUUGGAACAAAGUCGAGAAGAGUCGUUAAAAGAAUCGGCUGAAUUUGCAGAGAAGUUGAGGAUGUCACAGGAGAGGGAAAGGGAGCUCCAAGAAGCGCAGGAGGCAGCCGCUGCUCAACAUGCUGCUCAACUAGCUGCUCAACGAGAAGCUCAACAAUUAAUUCCUAAAGAUGAAGGUGAAGAAGAUGAACAAGAUCACGAAUUGGAAGUACAGCAGGAUGACACCGACGAUUUAGACGAUAAAGAAUCCUAUCUUCCAGAUAAGCAUCUCCUAGACAAAUUACAGAAACUUCAGUCCGAGCUGAAGGCCAUGAAGGAUGAAAGCAAGGGCGAAGAUAAGUAUGACCAGAUCCAUCAGGAAAACAUCAGAGCAGGGCGUGACAAAUACCAGACGUUGAGAAACAUCCGAAGCGGGAACACCCGGCAACGUAUCGACACUUUUGAGAAUAUAUAAAUAAUUAAACAUCUAUGAAAGAGAACUCAGGAUGUAUCAGCAGCAUUGACAUGGAUGUAGCGUUGGUCCUGUAACACAAAUCUUACUGAUCGAUCACAAUCCUGAUAUUUACAAGUGAUUGCAUUGAACAUUGUUUGUAAAACAAACGCAAAUAUUAACUGUACAAGCAACCGUUAAAUUUUGUGUUGUACAGUGUCCUGAUAAAUACGUUCAUUUUGGAGGGGGUGGGGGGCACAUGUUGUUACUAAAGUUACGUAUGACCUUCAGACAAGUGGGAUAUAAAGUGCUAAAACUUGAACCGAAAAAUAUUGUGGAUGUUUGAAGGAAACUAAUCAGUACUACCAAGCUUUUUAGAUCAUGGCAAAUCCCACCAUGAUUGUGUCAAGUCAACACACACUCCAAAAGUAUCCAAUGAUUAUUGUUUAAAAAACCCAGGAAAGCAUCAGCACAUUAAAUCAAAAUUAGUCUAUUAUUAUAUCUAUGGCUGUGACAUUUUUGUUGAGCAGUGGCUUCGAAAGUGUUAUUUAUAGGAUAUUUGCAUUAUAUGAAUCCCUUUCAGUGGGCCUCUGAUCUGUCCGGUCGAAAUGCUAGCUUUUGAUCUAGAAAAAAAGUAUGUCAUCUCGCCUUGUCAAUAAAACUAAUAAUAAUGAUAAUUUAUAUUUAAAGCAAAAUAGUCCUUGUUAUAAUUCUUAUGAAAAGACCAUGUCUGUAUAUGUACUGUAUGAUUAGAAAGACUUUAUGAAUGGCUGAAAUUAUUGAGCGAUAAAAUUACUCGGUGCGAACCUAGAAAAUGUGUCAUGUAUAUUAUUGAUAUGAUAAUGUUAACCUUAAAAACCUAGUUUAUUAUAUAUCGGUGUUACAGUUGGCUUAACAUCCAUUGAUAAUCAUGAUUAUAUGAUGCAUUCGUGAAUUGCAUCGUCUACACUUUUCACGCUUGGCAUGGGCAUGGGUGUCUGUAGCCGAGGUAUUAGAUUAAAACCAAAAAUCCAGAGCUUUGUAUUUUCAAUCGAAACUAGGAAAAAAAGGUGACUUACAUAAUAUCUUCAGGUUUCACUGAAGAGAUGAGAUGAGAUUAUAAUUUGCUGACCCACAGAAUUGUGAGAAGAAGUGGAAAUACCUGUAAUAGAGUUGCAUGAUGUGGAAGCAGCUAAUCUCUUAGGCUCCUGCAUUGCUGGCCAUAGGGAGAGGGAAUGAUGACUCCAUCUUGGAUCGCCCAAUGGCAUCAGAAUCCCCCUGGAAUGCCGAUUGUAUUAGAUAUUGUCUUGAAAAUAGAAAUUUAUCGUAAAUUAGUGAGAUUUCUUCAGAAAGGUGAGAAACGUUUCUUUCCCUUGACAUUCCACUUUAGUCGUGGUAAAGGGUCUUUCAUGAUUGGUUGUGCGACUGUUUGCUACAAUGUACUGUACACGCAGUCGAUACGGUUGCAAUAGUCGUACCACUAGUCAUCAAAGACCCAGUUGUGAUUCUUUGUUUUGUAGACAGAUAUGGACAAACGCUUGUUGGUUUAUUUUCUGCUUUGAUAAGUUGGUGAAUAUAGAGUGUAACUUGUGUGAAUAUAUAUAUAAAGAGCGUAGCAUUUUAAAUGGCUUUCAUAUAAAAUGGUUGAUAAGAACCAAGUGCCUUGGCCAUAAAAAGCUUCUGUAUAACAUGCAGCUAUGGGGCUAGUAUUUUGAGUUUUGUACAAAGAACUGCAUUCACCCUCGAGUUACACAUUAUGUUGUAUAUAACAUGUAUUUAAUGGCACUCUGUUGUACAACAAAUUUCAGAAGAGUAAAUGGAGAUCAUAAUUGCCGAUUAUAGUAGUGAUGGUUCUGGUUUUAGUGUAUGCUAAUAUAUGGUGCUGUAUUGAAGUUUGGGUCAAUUUUGAAAUCUCUUCAAUCCUCCUUGCAUUUUUAUUGUUUUCAUGCGUAUAAUCUUUGCUUUGUCUUGGAUUAUCCAACACCCAUAUGAUACUUAACAAAUUUAUAGCUCAACAGCAGCACCAAAAUCAUCUUUGAAGUUGACGUAUUCUAGUAAGAUCUCAUCAGUCUUAUGAUUGAAACAAUGCAAUCAUAUGCUGUGAUUGUAUUUCAUGUUCUCAACAGUUUUUUUUUAAUUGAAAUUAUGUAAUCUUGUUGUGAAUGCAAGUCAUUGUUCCUGUCAGUCUUGCUGGUGCAAUCGUGUGAUGAUUGCCAACCGUCAUCAAUCUUAUGUCUGCAAACCUGCGAUCACGUGAUUGCAAGUCAUUUGAUUGUUGAUUUGAUUGCAUGUCUGCUGAUCAGAAGUCAAGACAGCAAUCAUUUGAUUGCUUGUCAAGUCUAGUGGUUGCAAUGUCAAAGUUAUCAUCAAUCUUGUGAUUUUAAUUAAUGCGAACUUAUAUCAUGAUGUGAUAUGAAAUCAGUGUAAUGGUCAAUCAUUUUAUCACUACUAGUGAUCACCGUUCAUGUGAUCAUGAAUCAUGUGAUAAGUCAUGUGACUAUAAAGUCAUGACAAUCCAACAGAGUGUCAAGCAGAUAGAAGGAUGAUGGCAAUCAAGCAUAAUCCCUCGGAGAAUUAAACAAAAUCAAAUGAAAUACGACAGGUUUCAUAAACUUGAUGUUUAGUGUAAUAAUACAUAUCAUUUCCAAAUGAAUGAGAACCAUAUUGAGUUUGUGAAGCCGGUGAAGAUGUACUUAAAUAACAUGGGUUUACUUAUUGAUUUGAUACAUAUACCUGUUGCCUGUAUUCUUUAGAACACAACGAUAUAUUGCGUUUUGUACAAUCUUAUACAAAGAGGUAUUCAGAGCUUGAUAUUUUGUAUUUAAAUUGUUUAACAAAUAAUGGCCAUUGUUUUUGUAUGAUUGAGUAAAUUUCUUUGUUAUCUCUCUAGUUGCAAAAGCGUAUACUUUUAUAUGAAUGCUAGAUUAUUUUCCUUCAAUUACGUGGCGUUAUAUUGGCUAAGCUAAUUUGUAUAUUUUAGGGUUGAUAAAAAGAAAUUUAAUUUUUUAGCGGUAUACUGUAUAUGUAUAUGAAUUAAAUAUUGAAAUUAAGUAGGUGUAUCAUUAAUAGAUUGCACAUUUACCAUAUUCAUGCUAUAUUUUAUGUCCAGCUUCAGUUAUAUACAGAAAUGAAGAUAUCACCAUACAUUUUCAUGUAGUGUAAAUUAUUAUUUUCUAGACAGUUUUGUCAUUCAUCUUAGUUUUAUUUCGUUGUUUUUUUUGUUUUUUUUUCACUUCAGUUUAAACGGAAAAAGAGCUGUAUAGAGAAAAAAAAAAGUAAUGGCAGUUCCCAUAUAUUAUACUUGUACAUGGAAAUCAUUCACAUAGAGAUUAUACUGUAUCAUAUCUUUUAUAUCAUUUGUCUUUAUUAAACAUCGAUGGAGUUAGGAUUGGGAAGAUAGGAUUUUAAUGUGGAUAUUCAGCAUCUAUUCUAAAAGAAUGUUUAUUGCACUGUAUACGCAAAGUGUGAGGUUAAAUGCAUACCAUCGACUCAUGUUGUAUCAAAAUCAACGAAAGUGAUCAAGAGGAUAAUUAAUGAAACAAUUGCUUAGUAUUCAUACAACAAAUAACUUUGGGUUAUAGCUGUACAAACUAUUACGUUAAUAUACCUGGUGGGUGUUUUCAUAAAGCUGUUAGUAAGUUACAAAUGACUCUACACUUGUCUGUAACCCUUUCUUGUGCUAAAGGGUCCCUUUUGUUGUAGGGAGGUAUUGGUACCUAAGAACAUAUUUCAGUCAUGCACAACUGCACUAUCAGUUUUAUGAAACACCGACCAGUUUGUCGGUUCAGGAAUCAUUUUCACUUGGUACUUAAUGAAAAGUACUAAUAUAUAUAUAUAUAUCACAGUACUGUAACAUAUCUAGUUAAAUUGGUGGACAUUUUUUGAGGAAAUCCAUUCUUUAUUUGCAAACAUUACAUGAUACAGUACAUUUAUCUUGUAGAUUUGUUUUUGUUUAUUUUUUUUCAUAAGUAUAUUUAACUAUUGCUGAUUAAAAGAUAAUUUUGAAUUGAAAAAACAAAAUUUGAAAUAAAUAUAACUAUUGAGUUAAGCGACAGUACUUAUGUAAUUGUAGGCACUUCCACAUGUAAUGUGAAUCGUUCAUAUUUAAUUAUAAAGUUUACAAAAAAAAGAAAUCAUUUGUAUGAAUGAUGUAGGUUGGAUAAUAAUAUAGGAGUGAUUGAGAUGAAAUGUAAUCGUGUCAGAUAAUUGCAUUGAAAUAAAUCACCUUUCAAUGA